AUGAUAGCAGAGUAUCAGGAGGAAGUUGUCUGUCUUCAGAGGCUGCUCGACAUUGUUCUUCAACCAGAGAUAAAGCUAAUGUUACACAUAGCAGGUUUGUUACUCAUUACGUUUGUCUAACUUACUCAACCUUAAAUGUAUCGACAUUCGGGCAAUGUUAGUUUAAGUUAGUUGUUUUUGAGACAAGGUGUAUAUGGUUACAGUUAGGGUAAGUGUACCUAUUAAGCCCACGUACCCAUUAAGCCCACUUCCAUAUUUGGAUUCAAAUACAAAAUAAACAUUUUCUGCUAUUUAAUGUUUCAACCAGUUCAUGUGGUUGUUGUAUCCAUACCCGUUUUUAUUCUAAGCCAAUCAGAUGUUUUAUUAUUAAGUUAUUGACAGUUGUGUAAAUUCCUACUAGUGGACAAUUUUCAAAGCUGCAAAGAAACGUUGGUGUGGAGGCCACACUCAGAUAAACAUAUUUUCCCCAUAAAAUACUUAAUAUAUUAUAAUUUAAGCUUUUAUGUUUGGAAAUUCAUAAAUUAUUAUUUAAGAGGUGGGCUUAUUUAGAACACCCAUAGGCUUAAAGGGUACAUUCGGUACCCAUUAAGGCCAGUCUGGACUUUUCACAUAAUUGUAUCAAAUAUUUUAAAGAUAAAACAAAUUGUGUAAGUAAAGUCAUAAAACUUCACAUGAAAGAUUCAUCUUUCAUUUUAUCUCCACUUUUCUUAUGAAAAUUAGGGCUGUGUACAAUAGAAAUGUCUAAACAUUUUGGUGGGUUUAAUAGGUACACUUCAGUGGAGGCUGCUGAGGGGAGGACGGCUCAUUAUAUUGUCCGGAAUGGAGCGAAUGGAAUGGCAUGGAAUGGCAAUUGGGAACCAUGUGUUUGAUGUAUUUGUUACCAUUCCACUUACGUCUCUUCAGCCAUUACCACGAGCCCGUCCUUCCCAAUUAAGGUGCCACCAACCUUCUGUGGUACACUUACCCUAACUUCCAGUAUAUUUUGCUAUAAGGGUCGUUCCAUUUCAGCAAGCCAUGACACACACCAUCUCUGAUUUUUCUGAAAUGGUUUCUGUAGUUAGAAACCCAUAGCUAAAUAUUAAUUCCUGCAACAUUCUUUUGUUGAAAGACAAUUUUAAGUAUUUUAAGAGAAAUUAAACUAAUUGAUUGCACCCAAAUUGGACAUUUCAAUUUAUGUGAUUCAUAUAAUAUUCAAUAAAUAUAGUACCCAAAGUCCGAUAUGGACCAAACCUCUUCCUAACAAUGGCCAAGUUGUGAGGAAUCCAAAUAAAUGGUCAAAAGCCACCCACGGACCCCCCAGACCACACACCAAGCCCACCCCAACAGCCAUCAUACAGUAUCAGUUCUCUAUGUUUGACAAGUAAUAUGAAACUGCGUUUUGGAGAAUUGUUUAUUCAACCUAUGUCUUUUGGUGAUGUUUUUUCCCCAGUGUUCAGAUCAAUUAGUCAUUCAAGUUGUUAGGUUUAUGUCCCAUCAUACAACCUGAUAAUACCAGGGUCUGACCACUAGGCUGGAUUGGGCUGUUCCUGGUGUUCCAAUGUUAAUUCAAAAUGUAACCUUCAAAUGAUAAUGAUUUAUACACUACAUGAACAGAAGUAUGCGGACACCUACUCGUCGAACAUCUCAUUCCAAAAUCAUGGGCAUUAAUAUGGAGUUGGUCCCCCUUUUGCUGGUACAACAGCCUCCACUCUUCUGGGAAGGCUUUCCACUAGAUGUUGGAACACUGUUGCCUGGAAUUGCUUCCGUUCAGCCACAAGAGCAUUAGUGAGGUCGGGCACUGAUGUUGGGCAAGGUGUCGGGCAAGGUGUUAGAUGGGGUUGAGGUCACGGCUCUGUGCAGGCCAGUCAAGUUCUUCCACACCAAUCUCGACAAACCAUUUCUGUAUGGACCUCGCUUUGUGCACGGGGGCAUUGUCAUGCUGAAACAGGAAAGCGCCUUCCUCAAACUGUCGCCACAAAGUUGGAAGCACAGAAUUGUCUAGAAUGUCAUUGUAUGCUGUAGCGUUAAGAUUUCCCUUCACUGGAACUAAGGGGCCUAGCCCGAACCAUGAAAAACAGCCCCAUAUCAUUAUUCCUACUCCACUAAACUUUACAGUUGGCACUAUACAUUUGGGCAGGUAGCAUUCUCCAGGCAUCUGCCAAACCCAGAUUUGUCCGUCAGACUGCUAGAUGCUGAAGCGUGAUUAAUCACUCCAGAGAACGUGUUUCCACUGUUCCAGAGUCCAAUGGCGGCGAGCUUUACACCAGUCCAUCCGACGCUUGGCAUUGCGCAUGGUGAUGUUAGGCUUGUGUGCGGCUGCUCGGCAAUGGAAACCCAUUUCAUGAAGCUCCUGACGAACAGUUAUUGUGCUGACGUUGCUUCCAGAGGCAGUUUGGAACUUGGUCGUGAGUGUUGCAACCGAAGACAGACGAUUUUUACGCACUACGUGCUUCAGCACUCGGCGGUCCCGUUCUGUGAGCUUGUGUGGCCUACCACUUCACGGCUGAGUCGUUGUUGCUUCUAGAUGUUUCCAAUUCACAAAAACAGUAUAUACAGUUGACGGGCAGCUUUAGCAGGGCAGAACUUUGAUGAACUGACUUGUUGGAAAGCUGUCAUCCUAUGACGGUGCCAAGUUGAAAGUCACUGAGCUCUUCAGUAAGGCCAUUCUACUGUAAAUGUUUGUCUAUGGAGAUUGCAUGGCUGUGUGCUCGAUACAUCUGUCAGCAACGAGUGUGGCUGAAAUAGCCAAUACCACUAAUUUGAAGGGGUGUCCAUAUACUUUUGUGUAUAUAUAGUGUACAUGUAGAGUAAAGAGUUAAAUAUUUAAAUGUUUUUGGACAAAUAAAUUGCUCAAAGAAAAAAAACAGCAUUGAAGACUACUCAUUCUUCAUUUUAUUCUUUCACGUUCUUUUCUUCAGUGCAUCUUCUAUUACAGUGAUCCCAAAUGAUAUAGUUGGAGUGGUUGGUGCCUUAAUGCUACAUAACAUGUGUCCUCUCUGUUUGGCCAAGAAAAUGACAUGGCUGGAUAACUUGGAUCAAUUUCACCUUUACGUCCAUGUUUUCAUCAUCCACAGCAUUCACCCAAAGGAGAAAGUCCUACUCCAGUCUUCUUUUCAGGUCAUUUAUCACCUGAUUUACUUAAAAGGCACACCUCAAUAGGUGGUCCAAGUAUCCUCAUGACAUUGCACAAGUGGAGGGGGAAGGGGGUGCUUUCCUCUUUGGUUCUCUAUUGCUCUUUUAUUGUUUCUCAAGCAAGGGGGGAGGCCGAUGACAUCACCAAUCCCCAUCAGACCAACUCCUUGUGAAAGAGAGCAACCUGGCUCUAUGUAUUUGCUGACCUGUGACCCACUGACACCACCCCUGGUUAGAGGGUAGUUAAGGCAUCAGCAUGCUUCAGUUCGGCUCGCGCCUAGCCGAAGUCGGCGAACUGAACGAGUGUGCUGGGAUACUCCCUUAAAAGACCUUAGCUUGAAAAACUAGAAAAGAAUGGCAAUAGUACUGUUUGUCCAUUUUGAGAUGCCGAAGCCAGUAUACACUUCCUCAAAAUAGUCCUAAUUAAUCUAAGAUAACUCAAGAAAUCGGUCAUUUUUGAUGUUUUUGCAGAGGAGAUAUUACAUCUAAUUUUACAUCUAACUAAGAUGUUUGGUGCAGUAUUUUUUGCAUGAAAACCCUAUUUUGCUCAGAAUUUACUUUUUUAGCCUUUAGUGUGUGUACUUUACUUUUCUGUACUUAUACUUAGGAUAUCGCUUUUCAACAGGAAAAGUUCAAAAAUCGCAGAUUCACACUUUUCACCUAAUACCAGGAACAGCACCAUCUAGUGGUCAGAACCUGGUAAUAUCAGAUUGUAUGAUGGGACAUAAACUUAACUUAAAUUCCUAAUUUCUCUGAACAGGGGAAAAACAUCACCAAAUUCAAUGAGAAUACAUUACAUAGCUUGAAUAAGCAAUCCUCCAAGCCACAGCUUUAUACUACUUGUCAAACACAGAGUUUUGUAUACUGGCCAUUGGGGUGGGGUUUGGGGGGUCUGUGGGUGGCUUUUUACCAUUUAUUUGGUUUCCCAUUUAUUUGGAUUCCUUCAUCAUUGUUAGGAAGAGGUUUGGUCCAAAUCCUAUCCAAUUUGGGUGCAAUCAAUUAGCUUAAUUUCUUAAAGUUCAAUAUUUAUCUUAUCUGUUUCUAACUAUAGAAAAUAUUUCAGAACAAUCUGAGAUUGUGGGUGUCGUAAUCCUGUUUCUUGUGCUUUUUGAGGUGGAACAACUCAGAAGAAGUCAAUUAUUGCAGGCGCACCAGAUGGGGGGUAAUUCUACAUGUCAGCAUUGAGUUCUGUUUCGUUCUUCCUUCAGACCUCCAGCAGCUCACUCACACUGUCUCUGAAGCGGAGAUUCCCCCUGAGCAGCGGCACUGUGAGCAGGAGUAGAGCCUCAGUCUUGGGCAGGAGGACCCAGAGCCCACACAGAUCAAAGAGGAACAGGAGGAACUCAGGGCCAGUCAGGAAGAAGAGCAGCUUCAAGGUCUUGAGACUCAUACUAAAGACUCCAUAUUAACUCCUGCUUAUGAUUAAGGACCCGACUCAACUCUCACAUCCCUAUCACACCCAAAAGGAAGGAAGGAAAUGGAGAGAGACACUCUACCCAGUACUACAACUAAACAGAUCAAAACAGAACCUGAUGGAGAGGACUACGGAGAAUCAGAACCAACAGUGUUCUGCAGCUCAGAGUGGAAAACAGUGACAGUGGUAUGGAGACUGACGGACCUGCGUCAGGUUUUAACUCAGUCAAAUCAAAGAGAACAAAGAUGGUAAAAGGACAAAACUCCUGUAUCAAUACUAAGGGUAAGAAAUCCACAGAGUUGUCCCUCCUGAAAUCACCCAGGCAAGGUCAUGCUACUCCCAGUUGUUGUGCCACACACCUUACAUAUUUUCAUCACAUGGGUUCAUUAAUCAAACAUGUUCAAAUUCAUACUAAGGAUAAAGAACAGCUUUGUGGAGUGUGUGGAAAACGUUUUCAGUCCACAGAAAGUAUGGAAGAUCACCUCAACUCACAUUGCACCUAG